CCCUCACCCAGGAAGAGAUUCAACCACGAACGCAACCAGUCCGAGGCAGUCCAGCGUACGCGACCUAUGAGCGUCAUGAGCAACUCGCCCGCCAUGCAGCACACCAAACGAGCCUCCAUCUACGUCUCCGACGCCUCCGUCAUCCUUGCGCAGCGCACGCCCAUGGGCUCUCCUAGUUCUCCCUCAGACUCCAUGUUCUCCCCGACGCAGGAAUCGCUGGAACCCAUGGACCACUACACCAUCCUGGAAAUCCCGCGCGAAGCAACCACGGACGAGAUCAAGGCUGCGUACCGUCGACUGCGGGUCGUCUACUUUUCCAGCGACGCAAAGAAGUACCGAGCCCUGCAGGCCGCCUUCGACGUCCUCAUGGAUCCGGAGGCCCGCGAAAUCUACGAUGUGACUCACCCGCCCCGUGCAGCCGCGCCGUCAACGCUCGCGAGCAUUGGGGAGACGCUGGAGCAAGGCAAGCACUGGCGACAGGACAGCGCGCACGGCGAUGAUCCGGUGAUUCCUGAAGAGGAGGAAGAGGAAGAGGAAGAGGUGGUAGCAGACGUCCGCGACGACGAUCCGAAUUGGGGACUCAAGCGCUACCAUCCCAUCUGCGAGCCACUGCUCGGUUCAGAGCCAUACAUGUCCUAUGUACCUCUGCCAGUGCUUGCGUUACCGUACACCCGGCAGGUCACGUAUACGGGCGAAUUUGCGUUGAACGCACUGCCCAAUUAGGGGGCUCGGCUUACCAUCCCUAAACACCCACACGCGCGUCGACACGGCAUUGUCGAUCUUACUUAACGAUUUCUUCCACUCAUUUGGGCCUGGCAUUUAGCGAUAUUUGUUGUUUCCUUGCUGUCUACGGUGUCACGGUUGGCCGGCAGUCUGUUACCCUCUCGCUCACCUAUUCCCUUUUGAAUGCUCCCAGAGAGCCACGAUGUACCCUUCCAUCCAUUUGAAGGUCAUUUCCCAAUUUGUGUCAUAUAGAUUGAACACUCUAGAUAUCCC